GAAAAGAGGCAUCUGAUGAAUAGUGGUGAACGAACACAACUUCAGAAAGUUCUCGACACACUGCAAAAAUCUAUAAAAGUGACAUCGCUACAGUCUAUGGUUGAAAGGCUGGAUAGUAUAACUCGGCAGCAAGGGCUGAAAUUUACUUCUGGACCUCCAAAUACUGAAUGUUACAUUUUUUCUGAUAUGUUUUAUGUGGAAAUUUUGUUAGAGACAACUGGUGAAGUGAAGGAUGUAAAAAUUGCUCAUCAAGGAGAUCCUGUGACUUGCCCUGAGCUUGUUAAAGUACUGAGGAGUGGAAAUUUCACAGAAUUUACUAAGCAUUUAGAAGGGUUAGCUUCUAUUUAUCAAUUAAAUGCAGAAAAGAGGCAAAAAUCGAAAGCUUAUCUUGCUCUUCAAGCAUUGGAAGUUGACCUAAGUAUGCUGGCACAACUACAGAGCUCAAUAAUUGAACCUAGUAACCUGGUACACAAAUCACCAGUAGGAAUACUUCAGCAAAGACGGGGUGGCUAUUCACUGAAAUUGACAUAUUUUAUCUCACCAUAUGAUCUCUUAGACCCUGAAACAAAAUCAUCAAUACCUUUGACUGUUGAUGCUGUAAUAGAGAAAGGACUUGGACAUUCAGUUACUGUUUGUAUUGAAAGUUCUACAGCUCACAAACUACAAACGACAUCAUUAAUAAGCAUUUCCAAAACUCCUGAAGGCAAAAGCCUUCCAUCAUUUGCUGCUUUAAGUAAUCUCAAUAGUACUACACUUCCUGCAAAUUUUGUGUUGAAAUUACCCAAACCAAUACCAAUGGCUACUAGUUUGGCUAAAAAAAUACAAGCUGUUACAAAUGCGAAAUUGUCUGAUUUUGCCGAUUUUUCCACUGUGCAACCUUUGUUGUCUGUCAUUAUAAACGACACAUCAAAUGGCAAGCUUUCAGUUGGAGAUCAAGGAUUAUAUGUGACACUUCCAGAUCAACAUCAUUGUUAUAUUCUCAAUUCAAGUCCUGAUUUAGAAGGUGUCAUGGUUUCAUCUAUACCAUUUACUCAUCCCACACAUGUGCCUCAAAUAUUAGUGUUUUUAAGACAGCAAAUGCUUUUUAAUACAGUUAUUAACAGCUGUAUUCGACCAAGCAGUAAAAAAGAUGCUGAAUCUCCAUUUAUGUUUGAAGUUAUGGCAUAUUCAACAUCGCAUAUUUUAGUUUCAUUUGAGCAUCCUUUGGAAGAGUCAUUAGCAACAGUGGAUUUGGAUUUGAGAGAUAUCACUAAUGUGAAAUGUAAAAUCUAUACAUUAAGCAGUGAUGCUACAAUGUGCACUGAUGAAUAUGCAAGUAAAAUUAUGCAAAGAUGUUUAUCAAUUCCAAUUACAAUGCGAGCUGUCAUUCGAAAAGCUCAAGGUCAGCAGCAGUUGAUGAGAUCUUCAAAUCAGGGGGACAUGUAUUGUGCAGCUGUGACUAGUAGUGGCUCUGUACCAUAUCUUUCUCACAUUCCUAACUAUGGAAACAGUCUUACAAAUGGCUCAUCAUUUUCAGGUGGGGAUUUUUCUAAUUUGGCUUCCAGAAUGUGUAACAAGCCUAAUGAUGGAAAUGAUAUAGGAAAUUUUGCAAAAAAUAUAUCUGUAAGCCAAAAUUCUGAGCAGAAUUUUGGCCAUUCCAAUUCUUCUGUUUCAGAUAAUAGUAAUGCACAUAAUGCUGAACCAGAUCUAACUUCAAAUAACGCAUCUAAUUCUGACAAUGCAUCCAGCUUAGAAAGAUCAAAAAAUGCUGUGAUUCAAAAUACACAACAGAAUGGAGAGUCUAAUAAUUCAAAUCAAUACCAACAAAAAAGGCCUGCUAAUAUGAUGUUGAUGAGUAUGCUUAGUGAUGUGCCCUCUGCUAAUCUCUCUAGUUCUACUUUCCCUUUUCUUGGUCAAACUGAUAAUUCUAGUAGUAAUUUGUCUUUGGGUAGUAAAACUCGUAAAAGAAAGAGGAAAGAUAACCGCAGCCCUGGUGGAUCUGUGGGAAGAAGUCCAAAGCGGAAAUUAAGUGAAGAUGAUUGCCCUAGAGAUAGAUCUACGCCAGAUCCAGAAAUGUGUGAUAGUCCUAUAGCAUAUGAUGGAUGCAGUAGCUUACCAGCAUCCUUACCUUCCAGUGAUCAGCAUUUCAGUCGAAAUGUGGGUUCAGUAGAAUCUUUUAUAAAAACUGAACAGCCGUCUCCAGGUUAUCCGCAAAGAUCUUCUAGUACUGAUAGCUAUUUAAUUCAUGAUGAAUUUCAGUCUCGUCAAAUUUUAAGUACUAAUGACUCAAGUCGUAUGAGUGAAGGUGGUACACCUAAUAAUUCAGAUAGUAUCCGAAAUUUAUCUCAAAUAAAAAAUCAGUACUUUGGAUCAGAUACUGCUCUUGAAUUCAAUAAAGAUUUUCUUGCUCCUGCCGAGUCAAGUUAUUGUGAUUCUGCUAAUGUUACCAGUGAUAUUGAUAUGGAUGAGGAAAGCUCUUUCAGUAUUGACUCAAGCCAGUGUAGCACUGCUUCAAAAUUUAGUUCUAGUGAAAAACAGUCAAAAAAGAAAAAAUCUAAAGAAAAAAAUGACUUGAUUUCCGAAAGCAAUGAUCUUGUUAUGAAAGUUCAGGAUAACAGUAGUGAUGAAAGUAGUGUUGGUGAUGUCUCACUAAAGUCAUUCAGUGAAACAGAAAAUAGUCACUCAGAAGAUACUUCUGUAGCGGUAUCCAAAUCGACUGCAUCUCACCCUUCUCCGCCAAUAUUCACUAGUCUAAAAAUAGCUAAAACUGGUGAUGGUCAUAAAAUUUCCAAAAGUGAAGUAAAAGUUAAGCAAAAAGAAGGGAAAAGGACUAGUAACUCAGGUGAUGGUUCUGAAAGCUCUGGUAAGAAGAAAAGUGAUGCUAAAAAAGAGAGGAAAAGACGAAAAGCCGAAAGUUCUGAUAGUGCAUCUGGAAGAUCUCCUGUGAAAUCAGUACAUUUAAACAUCGAUUCUUCUCUAAUGCCACCACCAUCAUCAUCAUCUGAAGCAUCCACAUUGGUUUCAUCUUCUGAUUCCUCUCCACCUAUACGACCAUUCACACUCAAAACAUCCCCAAGUGUUACAUCAAGUUCCAGUUUUCAGUCAAAAUCUCUAGUGCAUUCUAAAAAAGGCAACUCUGUUAGCAGUACUGGUGGCACUUUUACAAAAAGCAGUGGCUCGAAAAGUAGUUCUGAAAAGUCAGUGAAAUCUUCUCCACCAAAGCCAUCACAUUUACCAUCUUUAAAAAUCCCAAAUCUGGAACCAGAUUCAAAAAGAGGUUCAGGUACUGCAGUUAAAAUUCAAAGCAAGCAUAAACAAAGUUCUAGUGGUAAAAGUAAUUCAAGUAGCAAUAGUGGCUCAUUACAUUCAAGUGGACGCUCUUCUCCAAGCAAAACUAAGUCAGCAACAUUAAAGUUAAAAAAUUUCACCUUAUCUUCAUCAUUAACACUUACGCCUAUUAUUUCAAAAACUACUAUUACAUCACCUACUUCUACUCAUAUGUCAGUUCUUCCAUCAUCAGACUCUCUCAUUAUGCAGGCAGCAAUAAUGAAUCCUGGCUCACCUCCUGGAAAAGCUGGUUCAAAUAAUUCAAAAGCUAACAAGUCUGCAUUACGUUCUCGUAAAAGCUCUUUAAGUGCAGUCAUUGAUAAAUUAAGAGUAACUGCUACCAAUGCUCAACAUAUUAUACCUGAUGGUAUGGAUAAUGCUAAGUAUGAAAGUAGUACUCGAUCUGACUUAAUUGAUCGAAAAGAAACAAAGUUAGAUCGCAAAGAUAAUUGUAAAGAGUCUAGAGAUAACCUAACACUUUCUAAAGGAAAUGAGAACAAAUCUAAAUAUUCUAGCUCAGAUCAGUUUACAGUAAAACAGAGCUCACAAGGCAUAAAAUUGACUGUUACUAAAACUCGAUCUAGUGAUGGUAGCUCUAAAUCUAGUAAAUCUAAACAAUCUUCUAAAAGUUCAUCAACAGUCUCAUCUAGCAGUUCGUCUAGUGUUGGAAAAGCUACGAGUUCAUCUGGAAGUAGUAAUCCUUCUAAAAGUGGUAAUCUUUCUCCUGCAGCAAAAAAAAUGUAUUCUUCAUCAAAUGUUAAUAUUUCUACAAAAGUAUCUAGUACUGGUAAUAGUCAACCCAAACAAAAUAGCACAUCAUCACAAAAGACUUCUUCUCCAUCAAGUGUGUCUUCAGCCAUGUCUCCCAGAACUGGGAGUUCAGUUAACAAUCUAUCAAAAUCAGUUUCAAAGCAUGUCUCAUCAUCAUCAUCAUCUCAGAAUAAGGUUACAGGAUCCGGUAUCAAGGUAUUAGAAAAAAGUGAUAAAAAACUGAUUUCACUUGCAGAUAUAAAAAUUGCUUCAAUGGAAGCAAAAGAAAAAGUUUCAACUAGCACAGUGAAUGUUGUUUCUAGCCUUAUGCCACCACCACCUUUGAGUAAGCCUGUAAGUGAUAUUAAUCGCUCGGCAUCUGGUGGUAAUAUUGUCAAAAGAGGUGAUGAAGCUUCUCGUCAAUCACCUCGACAGACUCCAGCUCGUGAGGUUUCAGUGGAUGAAUCUGAAGGUGAACGAGCUUUUCGAUUGCUUCUUAGUCAACGCAAAAAUGAAGUUUCUAAUGGAGCUGAACAAAGUAAUAUGUGUACUAAGUCAACUGAGUUUACAUCAGGUGCUGUAGAUUACUCAAAAGUAGAUAGUAUUAAGAAAAUAGAAAUAGAAGACAAAGGUUUAUGGGUCUCUAGCAGUAGUGAUGUUAAACCCAUGCCUAUUCAGCAUCCAUCAAUCAAAUUAAAUCAAGAACAAAUAAUUCUUGAUGAAACAAACUGUAUAUCUAUGAAUGAAAUUGAUUGUAAAGCAAAAACUCAGGCUGAAGUUUCUUCUUCAAGCAAACAUGAUGUUGUUAUAAAUGCAAAUAUUGUCACUUCAUCAGAGGAAAUUAAAGCAGUGGCUCCUUUAUCAAAACCUAUAAAACAAUCAAAGCGGCCCAAUGGACCAAGUGAUGAAGAUAGCAGCCCUGAAGAAUGUUUAGUCAUUGAUUAUCCAGAUACACCGAGGCUUCAGAUAUCACCUGAUGAAAAAUGGUCCAGUCCACGUUUGGAUAGUAACAUUGUAUUGAAUGUGUUGGAAGACAAAAUUGAUAAAUCUGAAAUCUCUCCUGGUACUUUUCCAGUUAAUCAGCCAUCUUUAAUGAAAUCACCUGCACAAGUCCGAACACCUUCCAAUCAUUCAUUAACCAGACCAUCUUAUGAAAUUGAUGAUGAGCUCAUGAAUGAAGCUGUGAUGCCUGUUGAAAACUGAAUUUACUCAUUUCUUACAUUUUAUAUAAUGAAAUGCAAUCCUCUGUAUGCUGUGUAACAUGCAGUUUUUCUGGUGCCUGUAUUUAAGUGCAUUUACAGUUUCAUCCUGACAUGCAUGCUGUCAGCUUGUGAAAAACACAUGUAAAGAAUAUAUUUAUUUUAUAAUUUUAAAGCUCAAUUAUAUAAUAAUUGAAAUUUUGUGUUAAACUUGAGAAUUUGUUUAGUUGUUAUACAUUUCUUCCAUAGAGGGCCAAUUUUUUAUUGACCGUAUGCUUUUAAGUAGAGAAAAGCAUAUGAAACAAAUUUAAAAUUUAGUCUUUAAACUAAGUAUUUUCUCAGUCCUUUAGUAGUAUUAAUUCAGUGUCUGGAAUAGAUUCCAGAAAGUCAUGUAAAUUUAUGAAAGUUAUGUUAAAAUAAUUUUUUUAAAGGGGGUUUGUGUAAAAAAUAUAUAAUUGAAUUUCUAAUCUAAUAAUAAUUUCUAAUAAUCAUCUGCAUUGGAUAUCUUCUUAAAAAACUCUGAAUACUGAAGCACUCUCAAUGAAUUACUGUAUCUGUUAGCGAUGCAAGUAAAAUAUUCAUUUUUUUCUAUUAAUAUUUGAAUUACUGAUUGUCAAUUUCUUUAUAUUCUGCCUUUUCCUAAAGUGUUUAUUAGUGUGUAAGAGCUUUAAAAUGGUUCAAAUGAUGUUCUAAAAUUAUAUACAGGAGUAAAUAUUACAUUGUUUCUUUUUGAAACUGUUACUUAAUAAUCCACUUUAGAUGGAAGCAUCUAAAGAUUAUUCAAAUGUGAGUACAAAUACUACAUUUUUAUAUAGUAUGUAUAUUUUGUAAAUUACAGCUGUAUAUUAUACUUAAGUUAUUAUUUUGAUCAUGUUUGUAUGAUAUUCUCUUUCUGUCAGAUUAGUUAAAAAAAUUACGAAAAUAAAGAUACGAGUACACAUAUUUUAUUAUUAAACUGUGCAAUAUUUAGACAUUUUGACAUGUAAUGUUUCUAAAUUUGUUUUCACUGUGCAUUUUGCAACAUUAAUUUUUUAAAUCUGGAAUAUAUUAUUUAAUAUACAUUAGGUGUCUUUAAAAUGCUGUAAUUAUUUGCAUAUCAGAAAUAGCUAAGCAGUUAUCUGCUAGUUACAGCUGUUACUGUAGGGCUCUCUUUUCAUUUGAAACUUUAAUUUCAACUUUAUUGUAAUGAUAGGAUGUGUGGCUGAAGUUUUAAAAUGCUGUGAAAAUUAAAUAUUGGCAGUUUUGUUUUAAAACUUUUUUGCUGUCUGAAUGCAUUGAACUCCUAAUCAUCUAUGCCUUUUAAAGUAAUCAUAAUUUAAAACUAGCUCUGUUUAUAAUAAAGAGUUAAGUCAUCUGAGCCUUUCAAGAAAUGACAUACAGUAUGUAUGCUGUUUAAAACAGGAUGUAAUUGAAAUAAUAAUAAGCUGUUGUUAAUCUAAUUUUGAUACUUCACUGUAGACCAGUGUAAUUAUUCCUCCCUUCUCAUGAAAUAUAUUAAAUAUUAAUAUUCAUCUUUCAUUAUAAGUUAAAUUUUUUGACUUGAUUAAUAAAAAUAUUAAAUUAAAAGUUCUUUGAAUCCCCUUGCAUGAGCUGAAGUCAGACAGUCACAAAUAGCUUUUCUAAAAACUUCCAUUUUAAAAACUUAUUGCAAAGCAACUUCCAUUCUCAGUGCAUUAAAAUUGAAUUGCUUUGUUUUCUAGGUCUUUUAGUGAACUCCGUAUUUUUGCUUAGUGAUGUUUGUAAAAAUGUACUAAUCUUAGAAAUAGUCUGUUUUAUUUUGUGUAGUUCGUUCUGAAUGUUCAGUUUGCAAGUGAAGCUCCUUUGUUUGACAUUCUAAGUUUUAUAAGUGUGUUUUAAAGCAUUUAGUGUUUUAAAAAUAAGGAAGUAAGAAAUUUCUACAUUUUUUAAAUGAGUAGUGUUCAAAUUUUCUUAUCUUUUCAUUUAAUCAAUAACCAUGAAUUCAGGAAGACAUUAAUUCCAGAACAUUAAUUAAUAAUUAAUGCAAUGUUUUCCAUUAUUUAUGUCUUGUCUUCCAUCAUUUACGGAACUUCUUGUUCCCUUUGCAAUGAAACUCCACUAUUUUCUGUGUAAGAAAUCAUUAAGUGUUCUGGUCUGCAUAGUUGGAGAAAGAUGUGCUAUGACAGUAUACAUUACAGAUGAUAAUCUAAAGUUGCCAAGUUUGAAAAUUGGGGGGAUUUGAUGAGACCUCACUCUCAACUUCUGAAGGAUUGUUUUCUUCAUGGUUACAAUGUGCAAUCUAGUAUUAUUGAUCUAGAAAACCACUAAAGGGCAUCUUACUGGUUGUUUCUCUGCCAUUGUCUCAUAAAGUUGUUUGUAGUAUAGUGUAGCAUUUAAAGUGAAUGGUCCUUUUGUACCCUACUAGAUGGAAAUAAUGUCUUCUCUAAAUGUAUGCCACUUUUCACAAGGUGUUUUCUGAAUUAAUAUUUCCUCUGUAACACUGAUCUUGAAGUACCAUUUUUGAUCAUCCAUGAGAAUUUUGGAGAUAGAGGGUUGAUAUUGUUCACAAGAAGAGUGAUGAUGCAUGAGAUGGCUUCAUGUUGGCUUUUGUUGUGGUCAUCAUCAAGCAUGGAAUACCAUAUGUUAUUGCCAAUAUGCUUAUAUUUUAAAAUUAACUUGAUUAUUAUUAUCAAAUUAAGUGAAAGUAACAUUAAUUAAUUCACUUAAUUUGAUAUUGUCAUUAGGUAAUUAAGUUAAUAGAAAGACAUUUUUAUUUGUUUUAGUAAUUUGAGGCUAUUAGAGUUUGGAUAAUUUUUAUCUUAUAAACUAAAAAAUGAAGUAAAUAUUAGUACUCGUGUUAAUGAGAUGGAUGAGCCUGCCGAUUUGUGUAUUGUUCUCUGUGUUUGGAUGUGUGCUAUUAAGAAGCAGUUAUAGUGCUUUAAAUUUUUCUUUUGGUUCUAAGGUAGGAUAACCAGUAAUAAAUAUCUUAAAAUGUCAGUCUUGUAAAAAAAAGGGGAGGAGUUGCCACAUAUAAUUUCCAAAAUUUGAGAUUUUCAGCUGUAGUAUAAUAUGGUGAGUUUUUCUUUGGGAGGAAUACUUCAGGUCUGCAGACCACAAUUGAAAACUGCUGAUGUGGGACAUAUUUCAUGUCAUACUGCUCCUUCUUUAAAUGAGCGUACUGCCUUUGUGCAGUCCUUUCACAAAAGGCAUUGUUGCCAUAUAUUCCACAAAUGUUUUUAGUAGUCUUUAAGGGAAGUGUACUUCAAUUAAACUCAAGCAACAUAAAUUGCCAAAAUGGUUUGCUGUUCUCCAUUCAACCUUCUAUAUUCAGUUCUCUGGGGGGGGGAGGGAAUACAUUGCUCUUGAUGGUUUAACAUGGCAUGGAUUAAGAAAUGAAGGUGGUGUUUAAUGCAUACACAAUAACAGGUGUAUAAAGUAAUUCAUAGGGAGAUAUUACACCUCAUUUCUGCCUAUAAUAAUUAUUUUAUAAUGCAAACCUGUUUGUUUGCAUCCACUGUGAUGCAUAACUAGAAUGUGAGCUGGGCUCAUUGAUGACCAUCGAAACAUUAGGUGGACCAGUUAUUUCAUAAUAUUAUAUGCAACAUUUUUCUAAUCUAAAUAUUGUAUUUACUUGCAUAUUCUCCCCCCCCUUUUUUUUACCCAUUUUAUUGUACAAAAAUAAAGAGGGUAAGUUUGCACAAAUAAUUUAAUAUCAGAAAGACAUGCUUACAGUAAAAACAUAAUAAAUUAAAUAUAUUCAUGAAUAAAUGACGGCUAACUAUCACAAUGUGAUUUAUGUAAAAGAAACUUAGCAGUAUUAACAUUGCAUUAUCUAAUAAGAUAUUUUCAUUCCUACUUUCCUAUAUCUUGGAACUUGAUUGCUGUUAUUAUUAUCUAUUGUUAGCCAUUGUUACUUAGACCUCAAAUCAUUUAGUACUGCUAAAAUUGUUUGCUAUGUUAAAAAAAAAAAAAAAAAAAAAA